AUGAGGCUGCUGUUGGGGUUGCUGCUGCUGUUGGCAGCGGGCGCCGCGGCCCACCACGACGGCCUUUUCCCCAGCGAGGGGUACAUUGGUGCAGAGGAUGUGCCUGGAUUCUUCGCUGUCUUCGCCCCCGAAGUCACGUUCGGCGGGACGGUGCUGUUCUCCACAAUUGCCCACACCGAAGGCUUCUCCGCCUCUGAAGCUGGGGACUGCGCCACGGCGUGCCGCAACACCUCCGGGUGCGGAUGGUUCAACUACUGCAACGCACAGGCUGGCUGCACCUUUGGCAACCGCACAGCGGUCUACAGGGAAUGCUUGCUGAUGGCCGCCAACUGCACGCUGAUACCAAGAGUGAUCGAGCGGGGCAAGGAGGCCGGCUUGGCGUCGAUUGCAGGCUUCCCCAUCCGCACCCGCGUGCUGCCCGCGCUCCCCGGCUACGUGGUGCGCCAGGCGCAGGGCGUGGUGGGCGGCGACUUCCCCUGCAACCAGAGCAUCGUGCCCGGCAUCUGCGCCUUUUCCGCCGCCAUCAACGCGGGCGCGGCCUGCAGCAACUCGCUGGCCGACCAGUGCAACAGCGUGAUGGUGUAUGAGAACGGCACCGACGGCUGCAGCAGCCAGGUGGCGGUGCUCAAGACCGCCAACCUGGCGCCAUCCAACUCCUUCAUGGCGCCCACCACUUACGUGCUGGAGAAGGUGGAUGGCGCGCCGACUGGAAAGUUCCUGCUGAAGGCGGAGUCAUCCCUCAUCCAGCCCACCGCCGCCGAGCUGGAGGCCGCUGCCGCCGCUGCCAAUGGCACCAGCGGUUCCAACAACAGCUGGGUGGGGUGCAUCGUGGCCAACGGCAAUGCCAUCAUGGCAGGCGACCUGGUGGGAUCCGUGGAUGGGGUGCCCACGGCUGAGGGCUGCUGCAGGGAGUGCAGGAAGCGGAGCCCUCGGUGCAACGUGUGGCACUGGUGCAACCAGACAGGAGGCUGCAGGUAUGAGGACCUCAGCACCUUGAUUGAUCUGCAAGACAAGCAAUGCGAGCUGCGGUACCAGUUCACCGCAGAGCCCUCCACGGGAGGGCCCCCCUAUGUGCUGGUUGAGGGGCCUGAGGCCGCCGGCUUCACCGCGGGCGCUCCCUUGGUGGUGGCUCCGCCCCAAGACCUGGAAGGUUACACCCUGUACAACGGUGCUGGGCUGUUUGGGCAGCCAGGCUACGCGUGCAACGGCUCCUUGGCGCCGGAUCUGGAGGAGUGUGUGCUGGCCAUGGCGCCACCUCAGAUGGGCAACUUCUGCACCGCCGACCCGGCGUGUGCGGCAGGAACGUCCCGCUUGGGGGUGUUCCCCCGCACAGAAGGGGCCAACACCAGCUUCAUGGUUCCCAACCCCUCUGCCGCGGUGUAUGUGAAAGACGCCACGCCCAGCAGCAGCAGCGGCGGCAGCAGCAGCUCGGGCCUGUCUGCCGGCGCCAUCGCCGGCAUCGCGGUGGGCGGCGCCGUGGUGGCGGUGGUGGCCGGCGCCGGCGCCUGGGUUCUGCUGCGGCGCCGCAGGCAGCGGGGCGGCGGGGCGCGGGCGGUCACGCCGGCGGCAGCCCCUAAGUCCAACGGCGGGCUAGCGCAGCCUGACCAGCAGCCGGCGCAGCACCCUUCCGACGCGGGUGGAAAGAUCAGCGGCCUGGGCCUACAGGAGGGCUCCUUCCGCGGCGUGCUAGGCGUGGGGUCGGCGGGCAGCAGCCAGCACCUGCUGCCGCUGCAUUCCUUUGGCAGCUCCGGGGCGGCGGGCCCGCCCUCGGGCCUGCCGAUUCAGCACCAGGCCCUGCCUGGCGGCCCCGGCGGCGGUACUAUCGCUGGCGGUACCACCAUCGUGGGCGCCGUGGAGAGGACGGCCACGCGCUUCAACGCCGCCGCCGCCAGGCCACCCCCCGCCAGCCCCUUUGUCGCGCUGCGCCAGUCGCGCAUGGCGAGCUGCGCGGCCGCCGCCGCCGCCGGCAUCGCGCGGCACAGCGGCGGCGCGUCGCUGCCGUCGGCGGCAUUGGGGAGUGGGGCCGAGGGGCGGCCCGCGCGGCCGGUCAGCCAGGCGGAGCUCAGCCCGGAGCAGUCCGGCGCGUCUGGGGAGCUGGCGGAGCUGAUGAGGCACCGGGCGGCAGAGGAGGCAGCCGCCUCCGUGCCAGCCUCCAGCGCCAGGCUGGGCGGCGGCCCAGCCUCGGGCUCCACAGCGCCCACCAGCGGCAGCGGCAGCGCCAGCCUGGGCGCCAGCAGCGGCAGCACGCCGUCGCAGUACCUGUCGCUGGCGGCGCUGCCGCCCAGCCUGCAGGCCUGGCUCAUCCCGCCGUCCGCGGUGGAGUACCAGCGGAGGGCCAACGGCGAGGUGGUGGAGCUGGGCAAGGGCGCCAGCGGCCGCGUCAUCCGCGCCGUGUACAACGGAGAGGUGGUGGCGGCUAAAGAGGUGGAGGUGGGGCGUGCGGUGGAGUCGCAGGAGGCGUUCCUCACAGAGGCGCAGCGCAUGCAGGCGCUCAGGCACCCGCAGCUCGUUGCCUUCUACGGCGUGUGCCUGGACGGGCCCAUCGGCAUCCUGCUGCUGGAGCUGUGCGAAGGCCGCGACCUGGGCAGCGUGCUGCGGCUGCGCGGCGGCGACGGGCAGCGCCUGUUUGGCUGGCGGCGCCACGGCUGCCGGGUGGCCUGGGAGGUUGCCACCGCUCUCAACUAUCUGCACAGCAAAGGCGUGGUGCACAUGGAUGUGAAGAGCGGGAACGUACUGCUGACGUACCGCGGCGCCGCCAAGCUGUCGGAUGUGGGCCUGUCCCGGCUGCAGACCAAGACAUACCUGAGCGAUCUGCCGUCGGUGGUGGGCACCUUCAGCUGGGUGGCUCCCGAGGUGCUCAUGGGCGGGCGCUGCACCCAAUCUGUGGACAUCUAUAGCUUCUCGGUGCUGCUGUGGGAGAUCAUCACAGGGGGCCAGCCGGUGAGGGGCCACCUGCGGCAGCCGCUGGUCCCGGAGGAGUGCCCACAGGAGGCUGCAGACCUGAUGGCGGAGUGUGGGUCUCUGGAUCCCACGGCGCGCCCCACGGCGCAGCAAGUCAUGCUGCGCCUGCAGGCCAUGAUGGAGGGCCGGCACGGCCCCGCGGCGCAGCAGCCGGCCACUGCGGAAUGAUUGUUGAGAGAACUGAAGAAUAAACACACCGACCAUCAAGCUGACCAAUCAAGUUGACCUAUUCAUUGAGCGUUUUCAUCCAGAGAGCUGCAUAGUUUUUCCCGCCCGGCCGGCCACGGAUGCGGCACUUCUUGUAUCUUCUUGCCGGCUUGGCCACCCUGCCCAUCUCUUGUCUGCACCUGUCACCUCACCGUCCCCUGUCAGGUUGUUGCAUGUCUGUUCUCCCUCGAUCACACAUACAGUCUGUAUCAUCAAAAUAACUGCAAGAGCACAGCUGGGAA